AUGGAAGAAUUUCCCGCUUUACCUGGAUUCUACAAGACCUUGUUUUUGCACAUCGAGCCAUUUUCGACCGUUCUGCCAGCGGUAAUGAUAUGGCUCACUCAUGGGGCUUCUUGGUUUCACCAUGAGCUCAUUCCACCCUUUGGUUCGGAAGCAUCUGCUCCAUUUGAUGCUCGUACAAAAAUGGCCAUUUGGCAGCUAGGAAAUUGCUACUUUCUCCUGAGCUUACUUUCAAGCUUGGUAUUUCGUGCCGCAAGAGCAGCGCUCAAGGGUAACCCGGCUGCCCAAGAACAGAUUUUGGGUGCCAGCUUUCUGGCAAUGGCUAUCGCGGAUGUCACACAUAUUGCGGCUUCCAUGAUCUGUCUGCCAGGUGAUUUGAGGCUAAAUCCUGCGUCAUGGAAUGCAACUACCCAUGGAAACAUCACAUUCGUGAUAUUCUUAUGCGCCGCUCGGGUUGCCUGGUUCCUUGGAGUUGGUCGCACGCGGUAUUAUUAUGGGCACCGCAAGCUGAAGUCAGCAUGA